UAAUAUGUGGAAUUCCCACGUCAAUCACCCAGUGAUAUAGUGAUUCAGACUUUACCCGAGUACAUAGAGCACCAGAAGAUUCCCAGAAGAAAACCUAAGAGAAAAACACUAAACUGAACCAAGACAAGUUUGAACAUGGCGCUGCUUUCUGACAAGAGCAUCAAUGGGAUGGAACUCUUAGAUCUCCUCUUUGAGCAAGCUGAUGACAACUCGGUUCCUGAAGAGCCUGAGGGUGGCCUUGUUAACCUCGCCUGGCCAUUCCCCGAUCAAAGUUUAUUAUCCCACAGUGAUGAUGGAGCUGAUCAUUUCCUGGACUCCUUGUUGAAUGUGUGUGAGUGUGGAUCAGGCUCAAGCUCACCUCUAUGGGCCCCAUCACCCUGUGAUAGCGGAAUCAGUGAUGAUCCCCUCUCUGACCAUUUAGACAGUCCUCCUCCUCCUCCUCUUCCUCCUCCUCAUAAUCAUCCUUCUUCCAACAUGCUCUUUGACUCCUUAAUCUCUCAGCACCACAAUCUUUUUCCUGUUUCUACUCCUUCUCUUCAUCCUCCUUCUCAGUGCCAUCAUCAACUUCAACAACAACAGCACUCCACAUGGGCCUCAAGCUCAGCAGAACAUGAUGUUUCUAUUAAUGUCGAGACCUGGGAGUCCAGUCUAUCUUUGUACAGUUCGACAGUUCCUCAGUGUGUGUCAAGCUCAGAUGCCCCUUCAGUUUUCCACCUCAGCGUAAAGGAUCUGCUCCUCUCUAAUUUAGGAGAACCUCCUAAGCAACCUUCCGACAACUUGCUGCAGGAUCUCGUUCUUAAUGAGGAAGAGAAGAAACUUUUAGCCAAAGAAGGAGUGUCUCUACCCAACCAGCUUCCCCUAACCAAGUAUGAAGAGAAGGUCCUGAAAAAGAUUCGCAGAAAGAUCCGGAACAAACAGUCUGCACAGGAGAGCAGAAAGAAGAAGAAAGAGUAUCUUGAUAGCCUAGAAGGAAGAAUGGCUGCUUGCGGUGCCCAGAAUAUGGAGUUGAAGAAGAAAGUGAUUCAGCUGGAGAAAACCAACACGUCUCUGAUGGAGCAGUUACGAAGGCUGCAAGCCCUGGUUAUGAAAAGCUUGAACAAGCCUGCUCAGACUGGCACGUGUAUCAUGGUGCUACUGCUGUCUUUCUCUCUCAUCCUGUUCCCCAGGUUCCAACCACUGGCCCACAGCAGGACGAGCGAUCCUGAGGAGUUUAGCACAGGCGAAGUUCAGUCACGCUCACUACGCUCUGUGGUCGAGGUCCAUAGUCUGCAGCCAGUCACCUCCAUGGACAGGCACAUGGAGACCAACCUCAUUUCCAAGCUGCACAUCAGGCCUGAAUAUGCCGAUAUGGACCCACUGCACCACAACUACAGUUAUGGAGAUCAGGAGCAUCACCAUGGUGACCCAAUCACCGGGCACACGGCCACGUUGGGUUGGCAUAAAUCACAGCUGUGUGCUCAGAAAGACAGGAAAUGAUGUCAUACAUCAAUUGACAUAUUAAGUGUUGAUUAGAAAGGAGAAAAUUUGAGUACUUGUUUUUGUAGAACCCGACUGGUUCAGAGAAAGCAACAUCAUGCUCACUGACAAAGAGUUAUCGGUUCUUUGAAAGUCUAAUUAUUUUACAGAGUUGACAUCUGACUUGUACUGAUAUGAGUAAACAAAAAUGAAAAAUGAAAUUACGAUAAGGUUCAGAUUUUGUUCACAGUAUGGUUUGGUCAUAUUAACAUAAUAACUGUGGCAAAGUUGUAUUUUUUUUUGCUUUAUCUUGUUGCAUGCGUCAUUUCUGUCUGAAUCAGUUCAUUGUCAAACAGAAGUUCAGACUCAAUGGCAAAACCGUGUCACUCUGUAUAAGAUAUUUAAGAUAAACAGCACUGGUGGAGUCUUUAGCAAAUCAGAGCUCAGUGAGGACAAGGAUUAAGAUUAGGUAAAUCUUCAGCACAUUAAAUAACUGAAAGCUUUUAUCAUGACUGAAUAGACAAGAAAAUAUAUCUUUUGCUUAUAGAAAUAGCAAAAAAAUAAAUCCACACAUAUUUGUAACAAUUUUCAGAAAUAGAAAAACAACUAAAAAAAACCUAAUAACACAUCUGUAGACAAACCCUAUUAGAAUUUAGUGAGUUGAUUGGCAUCUCUGGAAAAUUGUCCGUGUGUGAUUGUGUGAGUGAAUGAGAGUGUGUGUGUGUGUGUGCCCUGCGAUGGGUUGGCACUCCAUCCAGGGUGUAUCCUGCCUUGAUGCCCGAUGACGCCUGAGAUAGGCACAGGCUCCCCGUGACCCGAGGUAGUUUGGAUAAGCGGUAGAAGAUGAAUGAAUGAAUGAAUGAAAGUUGGAGAUUAAAGAAAAUAGGAUAUGUGCUUUUUAUGUGCUAGAAAUAAACUUCCAAAAAUAAAUGUUAAUUCUGUAUACAUUUUAGUUUCAGUUCUCUCAAUGCAACGUAACACAAUGCCACCAUCUGUGUAUCUGGAUCUGUUUACUGCCCCAAAUAAUUGUAUCUGAAUCUUUAAUUGGAAGUAAAAGAGAUGUUGGUGUGGGCUAAACUACAA